AUGGACCGCGACGUCGCCGGGAUCCGCCUGGACACGCGCGAGCAGCCGCUGAGACUGCUGGCCGAGUUCCGCCAUCCGCGCUCGCACAUCAACCUGCAGGUCCAUAGCACCGAGCCCGCGUUCCAGUUCUACACCGGCCAGGGCACCGACGUGCCCGCCGUGGAGGGCAACCCUGCCCGCAAGCCCUUUUCCGGGUUCUGCAUCGAGCCGAGUCGGUUUGUCAAUGCGAUCAAUGAGCCUGAGUGGCGCCACAUGGUGGUUUUGAAGAAGGGUGAGAAGUACGGUAGCAAGGUUGUGUACAAGGCCUGGAAAGAUGCGCAAUAA